ACCACCAGCAGCCAACCCAUAAUAGAAGAGAGACGACCACUUAAUAAUAACAUCACACUUACUUAUUUUACAUUUAACCUUAACCAAGUAGUAAGUAAACUAUCCUUGGUUUUUUGGUUCGUUGUUUGUGGGGUCUCAUCUGUUCUUGGGAUAUUUUUAACCAUUUCGGAAAGAACAAGAAUCAAUUUUAUUUAUCCACAUACACACACAACUCACACUCUUUUCUUUACUUUCGAUAUUAUAGUACAAAUAUUAUUCAAAGUAGCUGAGUAAUCAAUAAAAGUUUUGGGAAUGAAUGGACAAUAUUGCUGAAAAGAGUGCAACAACAAACAGUUGAUGAAAUUGGCUCACUCCUCCCCAUACGGCAACCAACAACUAAUAAAAGGCGACGCAAACAAUUAUUUAAUUGGAACAUUAUGUUUUACUGAUGUCAAGAAAGUUUUGCUCAUCAUCAUUGUCCUGAGAAGUAGUAAAGGAUUAUUGGCUGUCGUCUUCCUCAUUUGUUCUCAAAUCCUCUUGUUUGCCAAGAUAUCGUGGAUGUCCAGCUCACCUGCAAAGAAUUGUGUCCUCAACAUUAUCCGGCGUAGAAGACUCAGCCCUUACCAGGAUCACAGCUAGUGAAUAUCAAAUAUCAUGACCAAGAAGAAGGAGGGAAGAGGGGGGCGCUCGAAAACUUCCAGAGGGAGUCGAUUCUCCCUGCGGAAUAUUCUGACUUCUACAAAUAUCCUAACCAACAAUGCCAAUAUUCCAAUACCGAUACCGAUGCCAACACCGUCUAGAUCAAAGGAGCCCUUUUCUAUGAAGCAUCCACGACGAACCAGCGAAUCUAGUAUAGACUACAUCGGAGAUGGUUCCGAGUUAUCUGAUGUCAUCACUGUCGACUGUUAUGUAGAACCACAACUCCUUCCUAAUGGAUUGUACGAGUGCCCGUUAUGUUAUGGUGAAGUUGAAUCCUUUCCUGAAGUUGCUUCUUGUCAAAGCCAUCGAUGUUGUGCAGAAUGUUGGAAGUCGUAUUUAAAAAUUCAAAUUACGGAAUCAAGGGUUAAUCUUACGUGUUUUCAAUGCUCAAAGCACCUGCAUCCCACAGAUAUAAAAUCACUUUUAAAAUCUGAACCCGAUCUCAUGACGAAAUACGAAGAUUUCAUGUUGAGAAGGGUUAUGUCAAUGGAACCUGAUGCACGUUGGUGUCCUUCCCCGGAUUGCGGAUUCGCUGUGGUUGCUUCGGGAUGUGCAAGUUGUCCAAGAUUACUCUGUGAACGACCUGGUUGUAACACUGCGUUUUGCUAUCACUGUAAACAAUUAUGGCACCCCAACCUGACUUGUGAUGCUGCUAGAGCUUUGAGAUCGACAGACAAUAUGGAAUCGUUAUUAUCUUCAGCAGGAUUUAACAAACUUAUCAGUGAAAAUCAAGCAGGAAUUAGGGAGGAAAUAAAACCAUGUCCACGAUGUCAAGUCCUAAUUGUUAAAAUGGAUGAUGGAAGCUGUAAUCACAUGUCAUGCGCCGUGUGCGGGGCGGAAUUUUGUUGGUUAUGCAUGAAACAAGUUUCAGAUCUUCAUUACUUGUCACCCAGUGGUUGCACAUUCUGGGGUAAAAAACCUUGGUCAAGGAAAAAGAAAUUGAUGUGGCAAUUAGGGACACUAAUUGGAGCACCGGUGGGGAUUGGUCUAGUCGCAGGAAUUGCCGUGCCGGCUAUGAUAAUUGGUAUUCCUGUUUGGGUGGGUAGAAAAAUUCACAACAAAAUGAAGACUUCUGUUCGUCAUCGAAGAAACUUGGCUGUAACGGGCGGAGUUGUAGCAAGUCUUGUCAUAUCCCCAGUUUUAGCAGGAUUAGCAGUUGGGCUAGGUGUCCCCAUACUUUUAGCAUAUGUUUACGGAGUCGUUCCAAUAUCUUUGUGUCGCUCAGGAGGUUGUGGUCUAAAAACGUCUUCCUCUGGAGUAAAAAUCGACAUUGAUGAGGAUAGCGAAUCAAUUGAGCCGUCCGCUAUAAUAACACAUCACUUGGGACUUACUCGACAAUCUACUAGGAGCAAUGAAUUUGGCUCAACUCGUGGAGCUGCUCCAUCAAUUGGUGAAGUCUCCGUUAUUUCUUCAACUGGAGGACACCAGAGGAGUGCUAGUCCAGAUCGGGAUUCCCAAUCCGCGAGUAUGCUUGCACUCGCUGGUGCAAGUUUAACAGGAAGUGUUGGCUCAAGUCAUCCUUUAUCGCAUAAUAAAUUGGAAAUUCAGGCAGACGUUAUUACAAGUAACAAACGUCAUAGCUUGAGUAGUGAAACAGCAUCGGUGUGUUUAAGCAUGGACGAUGCUGCAGCCUCAACCCGUGGUUUAGCUGGUUCAGUACUUUCGUACAAGGUGAAUAUUGAAGACUCCAAAAGUGAAACAAGCUGUCAAUAAUAACUUUAAUAGAUGUUAAUUAGGUUAGAUAGAUUAGCAAAAAAUUUUGUACCAAGUUUUUCGAAGGACUCGUUAAAAAUCGAUUCGUCACGUUACGUAGUGUGAUGAUGCCGUUGAUGUAUUCGUUCGCAUGUUGUGUCCUGUAAAUAAGGCUACCACACGGAAUAUUAUACUAUACAUUUUGAUAGCAGUAUAGUAUGAUAGUACAUAAGAGUUGGUGAUUAUUGAAUAGUUCUUGGUAUUUAUCAUUGUUUAUGUUAUUAAAUCAGUACCUACAUAGAUUGGGAACCAAACAUAUUAUAUGACGAAUGCACGCUUACAUUAUAAAUUAUGAUAGUAACGACGCAAAAAUAUGAAUGUUGGGUAGAUUAUUGUACUCUGUAGGGUAUGUUUGCUUGAUUUUUUUUUGACAUGAUAGUCCUUUUUAUUUAGAAUUCCUAUCUCUGAUUUACACAGCAAAAAUAGUCAAAACUUGGAUUCUUAUAUUUGAAUGAUGAUAGUAUGUCAUGCAUGGAGCGAAUAUACAUGCAUACACUCUAUAAAACUAAAUAAAUGUACUUUAUUUCCGUAAAA